AUGUCGACCAACGCCCGAUUCGACCCCAACUUCACUCCCUAUGUGAUGAACUCCAUGGGACCCAAGACCCCCGAGCGCGCUCGCGUGAUCUUGAGCUCGCUCAUCAAGCACAUCCACGACUUUGCUCGGGAGGUGGAGCUCACCCCGGCCGAGUGGAUGCUUGGCGUUGAAUUCAUCAACUCCAUCGGCAAGAUCAGCACGCCUGUGCGCAACGAAUGCCACCGCAUCUGCGAUGUGAUCGGACUUGAAUCUCUCGUCGAUGAGAUCGCCAACAAAAUCGUCACGGAGCAGGGUGUCUCCCCGACCUCCAAUGUCAUCCUCGGCCCCUUCUGGUCGCCCAAUGCGCCGUUCCGCAGCCUCGGUGACACCAUCAUCCAAGACCCCAACCCCAACGGCCAGGUCACGUACAUGCACGGCGUCCUGAAGGACAUGGAGACGGGCGCGCCGAUCGUCGGCGCCGUCUUGGAUAUCUGGCAAGCCUCGGCCAACGGACAGUACGACUUCCAGGACCCGGGCCAGUCGGAGAACAACCUGCGCGGCAAGUUCCGCUCGAACGAGAAGGGCGAGUUCUACUGGUACUGCUACCACCCGACGCCGUACUCGCUGCCGACGGACGGUCCCGCCGGCGUGCUGCUCAACCUCAUGGACCGCUCGCCGAUGCGUCCGGCCCAUAUCCACUUGAUGAUCACGCACCCCAACUACGCCACCGUCAUCAACCAGAUCUACCCCAGCGACGACCCCCACCUCGACAUCGACUCCGUCUUUGCCGUCAAGGAUGACCUCGUGGUCGACUUCAAGCCCAAGACCGGUGACCCCAAUGCCCAGCUCGACCUCGAGUACAAUGUCAGCAUGGCGCUCAAGAAGCACCACCCCAACCCGAACUCGGCGCCGCCCGUGUCGUCGUUUGAGCGCCAUGCGAAGCUCAACCAGAAGCUAUAA